AUGAAAUUUUCCAACACUUUAUUCAUUUCAUUUACCACUAUCAUUUUGGUGUCUACAUGUUUGUCAGUUGUAAGUUCACAAACAGCCAACUGCUUACAAACACCAUGGGAUCCAAGUUGUGCUACCUACCAAUAUCCUUUGGCCAAUAUCACUGCUGAUAUUGAAGGUCUCUGUACCUCGAUGUCAUUCAUGCCGGUCUGUACCAUCGACAAGGUAUGUCAAGACAAUGAUCUCACCGACGGCGUCUGCACUCCAUUCAGUGUGUUGGCCGACGGUUGCCAAUAUGACAUGCCAAUGAUGUCGAACUGCAAGAACUACCGUACACUCUGCGUCGCCAACACCACCGUACCAUCGUGCACCAACGACCAAUCGAUCAAGAACCUCGGCGACAGCAAGACCUUAGGUAACUUGAUCAUCAGUAUCUGUACCGAGAUGAACAUGGAUGCGUGCUCACAGUGUCCAGUCUCAACAACACCGACCGGUAACCAAUUGAAAUGCGACGUCCUCACCACCUACUCUCAGCUCUGUCAAUCGAUGCCAAACAUGCAGCAAUGCUCACAGUGGCACGAUAUGUGUAUGACUGGUUCACAACUCGAUCAAUCACCAUUGUCAUCGAUAUUCUGCACACCACCAGCCAACAAGCAGAUUCCAUUGAUGAGAAUGUUCUUCCACACCGGUAUCUUGGAUUACAUUCUCUUUGAGGACUGGGUGCCAAGAACCAACAAGCAAUACGCCGGUUACUGGUUCCUCAUUUUCUUCUUUGCCAUCAUUUUUGAGUGUGAAAAGACUCUCAGAUCGAUGUUGGAGCGUAGAUGGGAAGCCGUUCGUCAACGUAACAUGGAGAUCAACGGUGAAGAAUUAAUUCAAAACUCACUCAUCAAAGGUAGUUUCCCUCCAUUCGAUUAUAAAGUUGAUAUACUUAGAGGAUUCCUUCAUGGAUUUGAAUUGACACUUAGUUAUUUAUUGAUGCUUGUUGCAAUGACAUUCAAUGUUGCAUUGUUCUUUGCUGUUAUUGCUGGUACCAUCUUUGGUAAUAUCUUGGUUGGUAGAUUUCGUGGUUACAAACCAAAGGUCACAUGCUGCGAUUAA